AUGGAACAGAAAAAGGGUUCUACCCUGGAUCCAAAAGAGUUCUCCUAUGGGGAUAACCCCAAAACCCAUUUUGGAACCCUUUUUUUUCAGAGUUUAUCUCAGAGAGCUAGACAGAUCUAUAACAGUUAUUUAUCCAGUAAGGCCACUACGCCGGUCAACAUUGACAGUCAGGCCCAGCUGGCAGACGAUAUUCUCAACGCUCCCAGACCAGACAUGUUUAAGGAACAACAACUACAGAUCUUCAACCUGAUGAAGUUUGACAGCUAUACUCGCUUCCUGAAGUCCCUCCUGUAUCAGGAAUGUAUGUUAGCGGAGGUGGAGGGGAGGCCUCUACCAGACCCCUACCACAUACCCAGCUCUCCUACCUCCAAACACAGUACCGGGUCAGAUAGAUCCACACCCAAGAAG